AUGUUUCCCGAUGUUCCCGAAUUCUUACUCGCCGUCUCUUCCCGUCAUUCACUUCCCCUGUCUCCUCACAGCACAGUAUAUCUCUCUCUCUCUCUCACUCACUCGUCCUUCUGCAUCACACUCUUUCCUACUACUUUAUCUCUCUAUCUCAAUCUUCUAGAUCACUCACUUCCCGCCACUCUAUCUCGACAGUCAUUUUUCUCUCUUUUCCUCUCUCUCACUCUCUCUCUCCCAACGCACACACACUCUCUCUCUUCUAGAUCACUCACUUCCCGCCACUCUCUCUCGACAGUCAUUCUUUCUCUCUUUUCCUCUCUCUCACUCUCUCUCUUCCAACGCACACACACUCUCUCUCUUCUAGAUCACUCACUUCAUCCCCCUCUCAAAUAUAAUCGCAUUCCGCACCAAUUCCUUCUUCUUCUUCUUCUUCUUCUUUUCCUCCUCUUCCUCUCCCUCCUCCUUCUUCUUCUUUUCCUCCAUCUCCUCCUCCUCCUUCUUUUCCGUUUCCUCCUCCCCCCUCUUCCUCCUCCCCUCUUCCUCCUCCCCUCUUCCUCCUCCCCCUCUUCCUCCUCCUCCUCUUCUUUUCUUCUUCUUCUCCCCUCCUUCUACUUCUUCUUCUUCCUCCCCUCCUCCUCCUUCCUCCUCCUUCUUCUUCUUCUUCUUCUUCUUCUCCUCCUUCCUUCUUCUUCCCCUCCUUCUUCUUCUUCUUCUUCUUCUCCUUCUCCCUUCUUCCACCUCCUCCUCCAUCCACCUUCCUUCUUCCUCCUCCUCCUCCUUCUUCUUCCUUUUCUUCUCCCCUUCUUCUUCUUCCUCCUCCCCUCCUCCUCCUCCUCCGUCUUCUUCUUCUUCUUCUUCUUCUUCUUCUUCUUCUUCUUCUUCACACCGUUUAAUCAUUUCUUCUUCCAUUACUUGUUCACCCACCUCUCAAAUAUACAAGCUAUUCUUGGUGAUGGCAAAUCACUGGUCACUGAUCUAUUGAGGUCAGUUUCCUUUAUCCCCCUUUCACCUCCUCCAAUAAGAGAUGCUACUACUACAAUGUCCCCUGCUUGA